AUUCCCUCGGCGGGCCGAGCCGCCCCUGUCUCCCGCCCUCCUCCUCGCUUUCCCACCCCUCGGAGUGGAGCUGCACAUGCGGCUGCUCCUUGCUCCGUCCCGCCCAGCCGCCGUCGCUCAGGAACGGGUCCCUGCAGCCCCCAGCCGAUGGCAGGACAGUAGCUGCCUGUCAGAGGUCGUGAACGGCUGAGGCAGACGCAGCGGCUCCCGGGCCUCAGAGAGUAGGUGUCUCCGGAGGCCAUGGGCUACCCCGAGGUGGAACGCAGGGAACCCCUGCCCACGGCAGCGCCGCGGGAGCGGGGGAGCCAGGGCUGCGGCUGUCGCGGGGCCCCUGCCCGGGCAGGCGAAGGGAACAGCUGCCGGCUCUUCCUGGGAUUCUUUGGCCUCUCGCUGGCCCUCCACCUGCUGACGUUGUGCUGCUACCUAGAGUUGCGCUCUGAGUUGCGGCGGGAACGGGGAGCCGAGUCCCGCCUAGGCGGCCCGGGCACCCCUGGCACCUCUGGCACCCUGAGCAGCCCUGGUGGCCUCGACCCUGAGGGUCCCAUCAUCCGCCACCUUGGGCAGCCGUCACCUCAGCAGCAGCCGUUGGAACCGGGAGAAGCCACACUCCCCCCCGACUCUCAGGACGGGCACCAGAUGGCCCUACUGAAUUUCUUCUUCCCUGAUGAAAAGUCAUACUCUGAAGAGGAAAAUAAGCAUGUUCGCCGCAAUAAAAGAAGCAAAAGCAGUGAAGGAGCAGAUGGUCCAGUGAAAAACAAGAAAAAGGGAAAGAAAGCAGGGCCUCCUGGGCCCAAUGGCCCCCCAGGACCUCCAGGACCUCCAGGACCCCAGGGACCCCCAGGGAUUCCCGGGAUUCCUGGAAUUCCAGGAACAACUGUUAUGGGACCACCCGGUCCUCCAGGUCCUCCCGGUCCUCAAGGACCCCCUGGCCUCCAGGGACCUUCUGGUGCUGCUGAUAAAGCUGGAGCCCGAGAAAACCAGCCAGCUGUGGUGCAUCUACAGGGCCAAGGGUCAGCAAUUCAAGUCAAGAAUGAUCUUUCAGGUGGAGUGCUCAAUGACUGGUCUCGCAUCACUAUGAACCCCAAGGUGUUCAAGCUACAUCCCCGCAGCGGGGAGCUGGAGGUACUGGUGGACGGCACCUACUUCAUCUAUAGUCAGGUAGAAGUGUACUACAUCAACUUCACGGACUUUGCCAGCUAUGAGGUGGUGGUGGACGAGAAGCCCUUCCUGCAGUGCACCCGCAGCAUCGAGACGGGCAAGACCAACUACAACACUUGCUACACCGCAGGCGUCUGCCUCCUCAAAGCCCGGCAGAAGAUCGCCGUGAAGAUGGUGCAUGCUGACAUCUCUAUCAACAUGAGCAAACACACCACCUUCUUUGGGGCCAUCAGGCUGGGUGAAGCCCCUGCAUCCUAGAUUCCCCCCAUUUUGCCCCUGCCCCUGCCCCAGAUUUGGGAGCCGGGACUCCCAGAACCUCUAAGUGCUGCUGUGGAGUGAGGUAUAUUCGUAUUGCAGCCACAGAGAGAAAUGCCCCACUGCUAUUUAUUCCCCAGUGAUUCCAGGAUGACACGGCCUGCUUGACUUUCCAGAAUGACCUUGAGUUAACAGGACAGUUGAUGGAGCCCCAGGGUUUACAUGAAGCAGAACCUUCUUUGGCUCCCUGCUGACUGGCUUAUGGCAUGGCUUUUCAACCCCCAAGGUCCCUGUUGUCGGAGUUAUCGUUCGUUGCACUAAAAUGAGGAUCCAGGGCAGCAGGCCAGAGAAAGCAAAGGUGCACUCCAGACUCUGGGGGGAAUAACUGACCCAAGGGGGCUGCUGCUCCUCUCUUGGGAGGGGGUCGGGGUGGGGGCGAGUGGGAAGGGAGCGUUGCAGCCUAAGGAGAGGGCCAGGGAGGGCAAAGGCAGCUGCCUGUGGCAGAGACCACGUGAGAAAGCUGCCACGAGGGCAGCCUCAGUAGUGGAAGCAUUCUUGCUGCUCCACACUGUGGCCUGCAGGAGGGCCAGAGAGCUCUUCCCACUCGGGCUGAGAGCCAUGCUGUGGCAGCUUGCUGGGCUGUGGAGAGGGAAGGCUUGCUCUGCCUCGGAUCAAUUGCAGGGAAUGGCCACAAACCUGCCUGCACGUAAGAACCUGAAUGUGUACUUCGGGCCACAUGUCUCUCAUUUUGUUUACAGCUGUGCUCCACACUCAGAAAACUCCCUGGGAUGGCGUCCUCAUUGCCCCCAUUCCCAGCCUGACUAGAACUCCUGUCUUGUUGCUCCACAGAGCCUACCUCUGUCUGAGACAGGUGCCUAACCUGGGACCUGUGCUCGUGUGAGUCCGGGACGUUCUUUAGCUUAUCUGGGCACAAAGAGAAUUUUCCAUUUAUUAAGCAGCACAAAUGUUAUUCAUCUAAUCCUAAUUGAAUUGUGUCUGGGGAUAAAAGGUUGGACUGGAUGACCUCUAGAAGUCCCUUCAAGUUCUACUAUUUCUGACUCUUAACAGGCAGCCACCACAGUAGCCUUCUAAAUUCCCAAGCCCUGGGCUGCCCCUGGGCGUCAGCAAGGCACAGCCUUUCUGCCUGGCCUCGAAAGGACAAGAGGUGGGGAGAGGACAGAGGGGUUUUGUUCAAGUUUGCUGCAACUCCAGUGGUCAUUAGUCCAGGCCUUAUCUGAAAGGACAGCGGCUCACGCUCUACUGACCCAGCCUGUCUUCAUUCUGGCUUCAUAAACCAUAGCAGAGCAUAGUCACCACAGAUGCCAGGCUCAGGGGAAGCCAGUGUCUAGGCAUCAAUGUCUAGGCUUUGGGCAGGGCUCUGUCCCCUAGUUCAGGUCCAAAGGCACCUUCCCUUUAUCCCCAAGCUUUCCACCUGAUCAUAUGGUAGGACCAUUCAAGGGCCCUCCUUAUUUCUGACAGCCUGGGCCCAGCCUGGCUUCUGGGUGCUAGGUCCAGUCCAAAACUGGGAGCGCCACCCUUGUACAGUCCAGUCCUCUCGCUCCUGAAAGGAGUUUUCAUUUCAGAAGAUGGGGAAUAAGUUCCUCCAGGCAGCUGAAAUCCACCAAGAGCAACAGGUACUUAUUUCUCAGCUGUGUCUUCCCUUUCUAAGCAACUAUACUGCUCGGUCCUUCCAGGGUCAGGGCAAGAAGUGGCGGGCUAGGCCUCCAUUGUCUAGUUGCUAAUGAUGGCCUUGCGAACCCAAGGUGAAGCAAACUUUAGGCAUGUGUCUGUCCCCAACUCCUAUAAAGUGCCUUGGACAGUGUGCAGUUGUAGCAGGAACCAACAGGAACCUCUCCUUAAAGUCUGGAAAGUACUUCCUCUUUUAUUAUCUUCUUUGAAGGAGGCAGGGCAGAUAAUACAGCAAAUGCUAUUGUUUAGGUGAAGCUCAGAGAGAUUAAGGACUUUGACCAAGAUCUCACCCAGUUUAAGUCACAGACCUGAGGCUUCAGCCAGGUCUAACUCCAAAACUAUUCUGUUACACCACAGCGUCAUGUGGAAUCUCAGGUCUAGAGAGAAUCAAUAAAAUUGGUAAUAUGGAACCAAAAUCCUUGACAGUCCUAGGGAGAAACCCAGAGAUGCCCAUUUUCAUCCCGUGAUGGUAGUGCCUGUUCUCUUGGCCACCAGGGAUUCUGUGGCAAAAGAGUCAGACAUUUUUUGGGGAAAUAGUCAUCAUCCUCAGAUGUCUUGUGUUCAGAAGAAUCUUGUUGACACCAUGUCCAAGCAGCAGGCCUCUGGGACCCACAGAACUGGUAGCCCUCAUGUUCUUUCCCCCAUCUGAGGAACCAGCCAACCAUCAUGUGUGGAGCCCCUGCUGUGGGCAAGGUCCUCCUUUUGUUACCCUGCUGACAGCUUACAGGAGCCAGCCCACUGCCCACAGCUACUAAGUAUGACUCCUUAUCUCUUUCUAUCAUACCACAGAGACCUUAGCACUUCCAGGGGCUCUCAGGGAUGGAGGGAAGACCCAAGAUUGGUUCUAAGGCCAAAAAGGUCUGAGGAGAGAAGAGGAAGUCUUCUUAAUCAUGCCUCCAAAGAGCGUUCUGAUACCCAGUCUAUUGUCCAGACAUGGAGGGGAUUAUAGGGGAAAUAGGAUUCCCAUCUGACCCUUUAUUCAUUCUGAACCCCCAAAGGAACCCUGGGGGGGAUGACGAAGGAGCAACGGGUAGCUGGGGCCCCUAUUGCUGCGAAGUCAUUGACAAAGUGGGGAAGUGACUUACUGAUAAGUGAAUGUGGGAAUAGAUUGACAAUUUGGAAUUAUGCUGAUGUGAGUUUACCAGAGGGCCAAGGCUAGUGCGAAGAAUGGGACAAGAACAUUUGUGGGCAAGCAGAUGACAGAGAUUUGAAGAAUUGCAUGGCAGAGGCCUCUGCCAGCUGCUUGGGCUUCAACAGCCAAGCUGGCACAAAAGGCAGCUGUCAGAGGCUACUCAACUACUGGUUACCUGGAAAAAUAGUAUUUGCCUUAUUUCCCCCUUCAUCCAUCCUGAGCCAAAUUUCUUUUGCUGAACAGGAAAGAGCUAGGAACCCUGGUGGCAAACAAAGACUUUGAUCCACAUUGUGUGUGUGUUUUAUGUAACUUCUGGUGGACGCAAAUUUCCAGCUAAAAAGGCCCCUAGAGGGAAUCUAGCCCAACCUACAUUCCACCCCCUGUUACUCAUGUGGAAACUGAGGCCCAGAGAAGGAAGGGGACCUACCCAAAGUGGUGCGCAAGCCCCGACUCCAGACUCAGCAGAGUGACGGAGUAGCGUAGUCCCUGUCCCACAUGGCCCUCUUUCUCCUACCCGCAGACUCCAGGCUGGAAAUGCUUGGCCCCCUCCAGGAGCCUGGCCAGGCAGAGAGUAGCAGCCUUCAUCAGAACUCUUCCUCCUCCCAAGGCAUUCUCCCAGCUCUUGCCUCUGGACUGGAAGGCUCUAGACUGGCCCACUACCAGGAAGUCCUUAGGCUACUCUAGUCCUGCCUCGGGCCCCAUCCCUGCCUGGAGUCUCCCUGAGGCCCUGUGAGCACAAAGAAGGAAACUGAUUUUUUUUCUCUUAAUCCAUUUCAGGGCUCUUUCCAGGAGGGGUUGGGGUGUGCCACUUCUUCAUUCCUCCAGCUGGGAUAGGGGGGUUUUGUUUUGAGAAUGGCCUGGAGCAGGCCCAAUGCUGCUUUUGGGGGGCCAGCAUCCAGUGUGAGAUACUGUGUAUAUAAACUAUAUAUAAUGUAUAUAAACUGGGAUGUAAGUUUGUGUAAAUUAAUGGUCUGUUCUUUGCAAAUAAACUGCUCCCCCCUUCUUGAAA